UCACAUUUGCACAGACUUUCUCUUUCUCUAUCCCUCGAUGGAAUUGCCUGUCAGGAGACCUCCGUACAAGCUAGAAACCAAGAACUUGUCAUACCCAACUGGUGGUUCCAAAUGGGUUCUACGUUGCAAGGCUCCCAAGAGGCCUCCCACUUUGAUCCUGCAUGAUGUGCAUUGCGAAGCCAGGCCAGGGGAGAUCACUGCCAUUGCCGGCCCGAGCGGGGCCGGCAAGACAACUCUCCUGGAAAUUCUAGCCGGGAAGAUACCGCCGGGGAACGCUUCCGGUAAAGUGCUUGUCAACAAUUUCCCGAUGGAUGGGAAGAUUUUCCGGCGGAUGUCGGGGUACGUGACGCAAGAGGAGAAUCUGUUCCCGCUGCUGACCGUCGAAGAAACACUGGUGUACAGUGCUCUCCUGAGGCUGAGAGGUGGGAAGAAAGAGGCUAGAAGCAGAGUGAGAGUGCUGAUGAAGGAGCUCGGGCUGGAGCGGGUUUCGGGCUCGCGGAUCGGGGAAGGGUCGAACCAUGGGAUUUCGGGUGGGGAGAGGAGGAGAGUUUCGAUCGGGGUUGAGUUGGUCCAUGACCCGGCUGUUGUCUUGAUCGAUGAACCGACUUCAGGGUUGGAUUCAGCUUCAGCUCUUCAAGUGAUUUCACUUCUUAAAUCAAUGGUGGUUAAUCAAGGUAAAACCAUUGUCCUAACCAUCCACCAACCGGGUUUCCGGAUCCUCGAGCUCUUCGACCGGAUUGUUUUGCUUUCCAAUGGGGUUGCAAUCCACAACGGUUCACUAAAGUUUCUCGAAGAGAGGCUAAAGUUUGCUGGAUAUUGCAUUCCUCGCCACGUCAAUGUGCUCGAAUUCGCCAUUGAUGUCACCUCAAGGUUGGUUAUUCAGAGUUCAGAGAUUUUCAACAACCAGUUCUUUGAUGAAGAAGAAGAAGAAAACAAGCACAGACCACACGCAAACCGCAUCGAAGAGAAGCCAUUUUCGUACCCGAAUUCGCACUUCGAAGAAGUGGCUAUACUCGGUGAGAGAUUCUGCAAAAACGUGUUCAGGACUAAGCAGCUCUUCGCCACAAGAGUUAUACAAGCCCUCGUUGCUGGAUUAGUCCUCGGCUCAAUUUUCCUGAACGUUGGCAACAACCAGGACCCUGUUUCCUUACAAACCCGGCUCGGGUUUUUCGCAUUCACCCUCACCUUCUUGCUCUCUUCCACAACCGAAGGCCUGCCCAUUUUCCUGCAGGAGAGAGGAAUUCUAGAGAGAGAGACUUCCAGAGGAGCUUACAGGGUUUCUUCUUAUAUCAUAUCAAACACCCUUGUUUUCUUUCCAUUUCUAUUACUAGUCGGCCUUCUCUACUCCUCCUCUGUGUACUGGUUAAUCGGUCUAAGGCGCGAAAUCGACGGUUUCCUCUACUUCUCCUUGGUUGUCUGGAUGGUGGUUCUGAUGUCGAAUUCCUUCACAGCUUGUUUCAGUGCUCUGGUGCCGAACUUCAUCAUGGGGACGUCGGUCAUCUCGGGUUUAAUGGGGUCUUUCUUCCUGUUUUCUGGGUAUUUCAUAUCAAGGGAGAACAUACCCAGUUACUGGAUUUUCAUGCAUUAUUUGAGCCUGUUCAAGUACCCAUUUGAGUGCUUCAUGGUGAACGAGUAUGGAGGGGAAGCAGGGAGAAGAAGGUGUGUGGAAAGUGAAAUGGGGGUGUGUGAAUUGUAUGGUGAUGGGUUCCUGAGGCAACAAGGGGUGAAGGAAUCGCAGAAGUGGAGCAAUUUGGCUGUGAUGAUGGGGUUCAUCUUGGGUUACAGGGUGUUCUGUUUUCUGAUUUUGUGGUACAGAUGCAGCAGAAGCAGAAAAUAAAAUCGAUGGUUUUUGCCUUCAUAGUUUUACCUUAUUCUUUGCUUGGACAAGUUACAAACAACUAGAGGCAAGGUCCCCUGCCCCUCCCGUUCCCCUCCCGAGUGGCAAAAAGUGUCGUGGAGCGAACUCAAGGAGAUGCGGGUGAGCCAGCUGCGGAUGGAGGGAAUGUCCCGGCCCUGAGGAGGAAGAGAAGGGAAUGAGCUUGGUUCGGUUGCUUCUCCUGCACACCUUUUUCUUCUUCGUGCCGAAUAAUUGUCUAUUCAUGUACUACUUGAUGAUCCCUCCAUCCGUGACCGUCUCGGUUGUUUUAUUUCUUUAAAUUUGUUUACGACGGUGAAUAGUAUGUAAUCUCCGUCACACAUACGAUUUGAAACGCUGAAACAUUUUGGAGGUGGAUUUCAUCUCUGUCCGUCGGGUGUAUUUGCUCAGCUAUUUUGGUAAGAGUCCAAUAUUGGUGACCCCUUGAUUUUGCUAACAAGCAUUGGGGUUGGGUCAAAAACUGGCGUUUGGGUAAUGGGGAAAAAUAAUAGAAAAUACUCCUGAGGUGAUCGAGUUAA